UUCACUUUUGUGAAACUCCCUGAUGAGCGAAUGGGAAUGAAACUAUUAGUUUGGGAUGAUAGUUUGUCAGUCUCCCAUUUGGAACUGAGAAAUUUGGAUCUUGAGAACUCAAAUCAGGCAUUGGCAUUUCCUAUUGGAUUUACAAGGGGUUUUGGGUUGAAAAAGAAGUGUAUAGAGUGGUUGAAUGAGUGGCAAAAGUUGCCGUGUACUAAUCCUUACAUCGAUGCUUCUCAUUUGGAUCCAAGGACAGAUGUCUCAGAGAAGAGGAUUGUUGGCGUGUUUCACGAGCUUCUGCACCUCACAAUUCUAAAGAAGUCCGAGAGGAAGAAUGUGAGUAAUUUGCGUAGUCCAUUGGCAUUGCCUCAGAAGUUUACAAAGGUGUUCGAAAGACAUCCAGGGAUUUUUUAUAUAUCAAAAAAAGGGAACACACAGACUGUUGUACUCAGAGAGGCUUAUGACCGUGAUCAGCUCAUUGAGAAACACCCUCUUGCCGAUAUUAGGGAAAAAUACGGGAGCAUGAUGAAGAAGGGAUUUUUAGAUAGGAGUAGAGGAUUAUAUAAGAAAGAGAGGAGAAAAGUUCUCAAAGAUGAUAUGGUGAACUUAGGUAUGAUUUUGAAUCUGAAGAGGAGAUGAAUGGUAAUUUGAUUUCAGAAUGUGACUCGGAUGAAACUGGCAGUGAUUAUAGUCUAUAGAUGAAUUAAGCAAUAGUCUUGGCAUUCAUGGGGUGACACAUACCCAUGAAACGCCAUCCAGUUUCCUAGUUCCUGGUUCACCGUUAUGCUUGAGCUUUUUGUGUCUCAGUCCAUUUCCAGCUCCAUGCAGUCAGGUUUGUACCGACUCCAGUCUCCUCCUCGCUGUACGGCCUUCCCUCAUUUGUGUAUCACAAACCUUGUGAAUUGCCAAGGUCUGAUAGGAAUUUUAUUAGACGUAUUUAAUGUGUGCAUACAGUUGAAUUCAUAGUUUGUUUAUCAAGUUAAAAUGUACUAAAUCAUUGUGCAAGAAUGUAGGUGAAUCCAUAUCUUCUUUGCCCGAGAUAUAGGAAAUAUCGGAUUAAUCUAUCAAGUUGUCGGCUUCUGCGCUCUUAACAAUCCACGGACUGUUUACACUUGUUGGGACUGCAUGUGUUACCAUGGAAGAAGCUCGAGGAUAUCUUCACACUGGAUGCUGUCAUGCUGUGAGGAGUCGAAUUUGCUAAUCAGGACUAGAGAAAGAAGACUUAAAAUGAAGUUGAAAUUUUUGAGAGGAAUUAGCCUUCUCUUGUAACCAUCAACAUGUUUGUAUUAAGAAAUUUGUGUUUCAUGGCUUGGAUGCUGAAAAAAUAUAGAAUGUUUAUCAAGCAGAACACAUAUUUUCAAGUAAGGAUUCUACUUGGAAAAAGUCAAAACAGCAUACUUUAUUGA